AUGACAAAGCUGAAUAUCGAUUUGCACCUUACGUUUGUGCCUAGUUUUCAGAACCAAGCAGAUCCCCACUCACGACACCUUACCCUGCAGGACGCUAAAUUAUGCCCAUCCUUAUGGGUAGUCGUACAAGAAUUGUAUGGCGGCGAGGAUGGACACGCUGUCGACUUAAUGGCGCGUCCCUCAAACGCUCAAUCCGACUUGUCAGGUGCCCACUUACCGUUUUUCUCUGAGACUCUUCUGCCUGGAUCCCUGGGAAUAAACGUCAUCGUGCAGUCACCUGAUCUUUAUGAUGUGUCCAUAUUUAAGAACCUUUACGUGUUUCCACCGAUCUGCCUUAUACCUCACGUUAUCCAGUAUCUGCGAAGCUUGCAACUAUCCUAUACCAUCGUGAUUCCUGACGUAUGCCCAAGGCGUUUUUGGUGGCCCUUGUUAACGUCUACAUGUUCCUUCGGCGCGACACCU